AUGAGGUCGAGACUUUGCAUAUAUCAAUGUGUGGCUUUUUUUCUAUCGCUUCCUGGAUGGAUGUGCUGUUUGGUAGCGACAGUGCUACCUCAGUGGCUGAUCAAGAACCCUGACUUGGUACAGACUGAGACAUUCUCCAUUGGCAUCUGGGAAACAUGUGUUGCUCAGGACGAUGGUCCAGUCCAGUGCAAGAGGUACACUGGGCUCCUCGACUUGCCGGAGGACAUUCAACUGACUCGGAUUCUCAUGUGCCUGUCCAUUGCACUUGGCCUGCUGGGUUUGCUAUCCUCCCUCUCUGGAUCAGCCUCCACCACUUGCUUCAGUGACAAUGAGACUAGCAAGUGGAGGCUAGCAGUCAGUGGGGGAGUGUUCUUCCUGCUAGCAGGAGUCACAACCCUCACCCCUGUGUCCUACAUGGCCCACGUGACAGUGGUCAACUUCUGGGAUGCUGCUGUCCCCAGCUUUGUCCCACGUUGGGAGUUUGGCCCAGCUUUGUUUGUUGGUUGGGUUGGUGGCUUCCUUCUCCUGUCUGGGGGUCUUUUGCUAAUCACUUCACAGUGUUGCUUCCGAAAACCCAAGGGCAGCAUCCAGCUGAAGUCACCAACUGUGAAGAGAGCCUCAUGGUACAAAACAGAGUAUGUCUGA